AUGAGCUCAGAAACCAGUGAAUUUCAGGUAGAUUCUAACCCGGAUUAUGAUCGUGAAAGUGAACUGGGUGCCCCGAUCAUAGACCUCCAAGGCAUCGGUGGAGACUCGGCUCGGGGUGCCGUGGUGAUUAACCAAGUUCGAAAUGCUUGUGCAGAUUGGGGUUUUUUUCAGGUCGUUCACCAUGGGAUUCCUGCAAGCGUUUUGGAUGAAAUGAUUGAUGGGAUCAGUCAGUUUCAUGAACAAGACACCGAGGUGAAGAAACAGUUCUAUUCACGCGAUGCAACUCGCAAGGUGUUGUAUUUAAGCAACUAUGACUUGUAUAAAUUGAAAGCUGCUAAUUGGAGGGACAGUUUUGGUUGUAUCUGUUGA